AUGCUCAUCUCACUACCAUAUUUCGAGAUUCGACACCAGGCCAGCCGUUUAUCCGCAGUCUUCGAUGAAGUUACAGACCCACGGUUGGUUCUAUUUAACAUCAGUCAGUCAUCACAUCUUAUCAUCGACCCCAAGACCAAAGACAUCAGUGGUAUCACCGAUUUUACUGCCGCGACCUGGGGCGAUGUUCUCAUGACGGACGUAUUUGAAAACCCUUCAUGCGAUAUUCUCAGCGGGUAUGGUUCAGAUCCGACUCGAGAAGGAUCUGCACCUAUUCGGCUACUGUUCUACUCAAGCUACCGAAACAUUCUCAAUAUCGUAAAACAGUACUAUCGGAAUCAACCCCAUGAGGAGGAACUUCGGGCAAAAUACAAGAGAACCCGGGCUGUUCAAUAUGUCUAUUUGAAACCUCAAAAAGCUCAUGUUCUUCCUUUGUUUGAAGAUGCGAAGUUCAACGACUUUUCACGUGCUUUCCCGGCGAUUAAAUUUAUUGACGUCAGCCGCCAAGAGCGAUGGCGCAUUUUUUACGAGGGAAGCAGGCUGGCAUCCAGAGCGACCUUUCCGCGGGUCUCUCACCAGAAAGCUUUCUCAUCGACGAGAUUCUCCCAGGUGGCUCGUUAUGGAAUUAAUUCCCGAAUCAGCGCCAUAGCGUAUGACCCCGUUCAAUCUCUACUCGCUGCUGGCACAAGCGAGACGCAGUUCGGAAGUGGGGAAAUAUAUGUGUUUGGACAGGAGCGAGUCUCUGCCGUCUUCUCCCUCCCUCGCAAAGCAUCGACAAGUAUCCUUCAGUUCUGCGGAGAUAAGCUCCUUGCCGUUGCGAAGAAUGAACUAUACGUCUUCUCGCUUGAUGAAAGGAAGCUGCUCACUUCGUAUGCACCGCCGGGACACGUUACAAUGGUUGGUUUAGGCUAUAAUACAAAGUCAUUUUUUAAAUCUGAAGUCCUUCAGGCUGAAACCUUCUUGACACUAGGCGAGCUUGUCACAUAUGAUAUCGACCGACAUAUGGUAGCGCUCUUCAAAGUAUCAAAUUUGUGGAAAGAACGGAAUUCGCGGGCCCGAUUCCUCCCAAUAGUGUCCCUGGCUUUCCACCCUAAGGAUAUAGGGACGUUAUUAAUCGGAUACUCGGAUGGAGCCGUGAUAUUCUCUAUCAAACAAAACCAGCCUGUCAAAUACUUCCAAUAUGAAGUGCCUAAAGGUGCCCCCGGCGGGGAUUCAGAUCCAUCCUCGACUCGUGAGACAAGAUGGCCGAAAGUUGUCAAGGCACUCUGGCAUCCAACUGCCACAUUUGUUCUAACAGUCCAUGAGGAUUCAUCUCUUGUUUUCUGGGACCCCAAAGAUGGCCGGGUCGUCAUGGCGAGAACAAUACAAACUAUAAAUGUGAAUAAACCGGGGGAUCCAACAUAUGCUUCUGGUUCGGCACCUGGCACAUUUUCAUUGAAAGCAUCUAUUUUCGAAAUCGCCUGGUGUUGUAAAGAGAAUCCGGAUGACACAGGGUUACUCAUAGCUGGCGGGACUCCUACCACUGACACAAUGAAAGGGCUGACGUUCAUUGACCUUGGAGUUACUCCCAAUUACCAGACGUCUUCCUGGCAAGUUCUAUCGGACCACUUUUCAUCCUUGAAGCGCCAGUCAACACUACCAACUCCACCGAACGCAGAAGUAGCCCACUUUUGCUUAAUUCCCCGAGCGUCACCCCAUUUCGGGGGAGCCCAAGACCCUAUCGCGGUUAUUGCUCUUUUAUCUUCCGGGGAACUAGUAACUUUGAGUUUCCCAAGCGGCUAUCCUAUAACUCCAACUAAUGUUUUCCCCCCGUCCCUAACGAUGGUUCAUCCGUUCGCUACCAAAUUUGAACUUUCUUGCAUUGACAGAACACGAUGGCUCGGAUGGCGAGAGAAGAGAGCGCAAGGGCCACCCCUUCUUAUUGGGGGAGCUGCAUCAAAAAAGGCUUUGAAACGCUUUGAGAAUCGAGAUAUCGCCGUUAUUGCCCAUGCUGAUGGCCUCCUGCGCCUGUGGGACACUGGACACGACGACCAGAUUGAGAACCCUUCAGUCCUUCAAGUGGACCUAGCUCGCGCGGUUGGACGGUAUGAUAGAAUUGAGGCCACCCAUAUGUCCCUCUCCGGCACAGCAGGUGAGCUUUCUGUUGGUCUUCAAAGUGGAGAGCUAGUGAUUUUCAAAUGGGGCCGAAAUGAAAAUGCCGGUCGAGAUGCACCACUGGGGGAUAAUGAUGGGCCCGAUAAGAUAACUAGCAUAUCCCAUAGAGCAGACCCCGGGCUGAAGGAAGGACUCCUUCCUCUUGCAUUGCUAGACCAACGUCAAGGACCAAUCACAGUAGUCAAACAUAGUGAUGUCGGAUUCAUCUGUGUUGGGUAUCAAUCUGGAAGCAUCGCGUUCCUUGACUUACGUGGCCCAGCAGUCAUUUAUUCUGCCAAUUUGACAGAUUUUUCAAAGCAAUCACGGCGAAGUAGCUGGAAAAGCCACUCUUCAACAGAAAAAGGAGCCGAUUGGCCAACUUGUGCUGAGUUUGGGGUUUUAACAAUAGAAGACGACAAUUACUCAAGUAUCAGCUGUUUUGUUGGUACCAACAAUGGUCACUUGGCUACUUUCAAAAUCCUCCCUUCGUCCUCGUCAACCUAUACCGUAUCUUUUGUUGGAUCAAUCAAUCUGGAUGACCGGCCACGCAAGAAGCAGUCUCAGAUCUACGAAAAGGAGAGAGGCCUCGUAGGCUUGUUUGGUGACGGGAAAGUUAGAGCGUACUCCAUACCAGCUCUAAAAGAGAUUGGCUCCAUAAGUAUCGGCAAAAUUCUCGAUACCAGGAGACUAGGGGAUGCUCGAAUAUCGCCUUCGGGAGAUAUUCUUGCAUGGAGCGGGCCAUCAGAAAUGGUCAUGCUUCACGUUUGGGGCGUCGGCAGUCCACUGUUAUUUAACCCCCAAGCUAUCCCUCCGCCUCGUCCUACUAUAUCCAAUCUCCAAUGGAUAUCCGGAACCCAGUUUGUAUCAACAGCAGAUGUUGAUUUAUUAGUUGGAGGCCCGAAUCGCCCCCCAUCUAAGCGCAUGAUUGAGCAAAUGCGACUGGAAGAACAAGAACGCCAACGGGCAGAACGUGAAGGCCGUCUGCCUAAACCUAAUACUUCUAAUCCACAGGGUUCACAAGAAUCAUACUGGGCUUAUAUGCAGAGGCAGAUGCAAGAGAGAACCGAAAACCUGAACAUUAUGGGUGAUAGCAUGGAUCGCCUUGGAGAGAGCAGUAGCGGCCUAGCCGAUGAUGUUAACAAGUUUGUAAAGAACCAAAAGAAGAAGGCGGUACUUGGGGAGGGUGUCUGGCUUUGGCUGUAG